AUGGCGGUGAAUACGAGCCAGUCUCUGCGUUAUGAUAGCAGCCUUGGACCGUUAUUUGAAAGACUGUGGUUAUCAGAAGUCCAUAAUACGAGAUCGGGAAUUUUGCAAAUCAAAAGAAGUUCUCGAGGGAAAGGCAAAGCAUGUACGCAAAGAAAGGAAAGGCAAGAGACCAAACAAAGCUCGAAGUUUAACGCAAGAGGAGGAAGAACACCUGUGGACCAAACGGAAAACUGGGUAAUAAAACAGCCGAGAGUUUAAUCAAUACUAUGUGGUGGUUGCUGACACAAUAUUUCGGCCUUCGCGGACAACAGGAGCGUCCCGGCAUGAAAGUUGAGGACUUCACAAUUGGCAAAGACAACGACGGACUCGAGUAUGUUGAAUACAUCGAAGGUCCCACCAAAACAAGAAAUGGAGGCUUGUCAAAAAAGUCGAGAGAUUUCCUGCCCAAGAUGUAUGCUACAGGUGAUGAAAGAUGUCCUGUUGCUCUGUUCAAUGAGUACUUGUCUCGGCGACCAGCGGCACUCCAAAAUUCCGGCCCGUUUUACCUGUCAAUAAAGUACAACUCCAACAACAACACUUGGUACAAAGCUCAACCUAUGGGCACAAAUCGCAUCAACGAAAUGAUGAAAAGGAUUGUCCAGGGAACACAACUUGAGCAUCAACAACAAAAGAAAUUGACAAACCACAGUGCUUGUAAGGCGGUAGUCAACAAAUUGAAAAAGAACAACGUUGAGCGUUCCUCGAUCGUGAAAGUAACUGGUCACCGCAACUUGCAAUGGCUCAACGAUUAUGAUGGAGACGAACAAGAACAGCAGCAAAUGUCUUCCAGGAUAUCAUGGAGGAAUAAUCCACAACAACGUCACGAUGGGGCAUCCACUUGGCAAAAGUGGCAAUGCAACAACAGCAAGCCUUUCUUGCUGAUUUCCAACGGCAAGGUCAACUAA